CUCGGUCGAUUUGGCGCGCGAGUCGCCAAGAUGGACGUGCGCAGGGUGGCGCUGCCGACAGGGCUGGUUCCGUACAGCUCAUGGAACAGCAGUCUCUGCGGGAUGUUUGGGUCUUCAAGAUGCGCUAUGGCGUGCGAGAAUGGAGCUGUCAUUUCUAUGGACGCGUGCGACAGCGAUGGGCAAGUCCAGUUCGUGAACGAAAUCCACCUUGGCCCGGUGGGACUUGAGCGAUUCUGCCACGCCUGGUCCACACCCACGCAUGCUCUAGCCGUCGCCCAUGGAGAUACAUUGUCCCUCUACGAUGACAAGUUCGACAGGCAGUUUGAACUCCAACUCCCAUUUUUCGCCAAGCACGUGGCAUUCCAUGGCACGAAGUUGAUUGUGUCGACGUCCAACGGAGCCUACCUCUACCACGUGUGCCAGAAAUCUCUGCAGUGCACUCUCAGUGAACACAUGUACCGCGACGUUCCCGUCGGGGUGUCGGCAAUUUCGCCGUGCGGAGCACACUUUGGCAUUGCCGCGAUUGAUGGGCGCGUCACGUUGUGGGAUGGCGAAACGAUAAAUCGCGAGUUCUCCACGACACUUUCCUCGUCGCGGCCAACGUCGGUCGCUUUCUCUGGCGAGUAUGCCGUCGUUGCAUGCAAAGACGGCCAUGUGGCCAUCUUCCAGCACGAAAAAGAGACGAAAGCAUGGUCAAGUUCGUUUUGUUGGAACUUCAGGCCAGACACAGCUGCGUCCGGGUACCUGUCUAGCACUCUCGUCGCGUUCUGGCCGGCGCUGCCUUCGUUCUUUUGCGUCGUCCACAGCUCGUUCCUAAUCGAGAUCGUUGACGCGUCCAGCGGACGGCGCGUGCAUCACGUCGCGUUCCCGAGCCAUGUGCAUUUCAUGGGACUCGUGGCGCUCGACGACAUCCUGUUGGCGCAAGAUUCGCAAGGCAAUCUAUACAGCAUUGCGUGGGCCUUCCAUCGCGCGAUCGCUGGACGAAAAGACGUACCGCAAGCAAUCGCGGUGCACACUAGCGAGCUUGGGACGUUGUAUUUGGAGCGGCAGGUCCUUCGGCGAGUGGCGCGACCGAGCCAAGUCAGCGACGUGAUCCCGAUGCCCUUUGUGCCCCCUCGCCCCGACAAAGACUUGAAGCACCCGACGCGUCGGACCUUGUCGGCACAUUGGAUCCUUCCCGACUGCGUGUGCGUGACUUACGGCGACGCAGUCUAUCGCUACUGUCGUGGCAAGUGGGACGCUGCCGUCGUUCCCACGGGCGUCCGCCGAAUAGCGUAUACCCCACACGACGCGGCGGAAGUGGUCGUGUGGGGGCACGACAAGCUGGCCGUGUUGAGCCUCGACACGCUGGAAACCUUGUCUGUGCACGCGAUGCCCGCCGACGUGGCGCAGCGAGACGCAUUCGAUGCACUGUCAGCGACCAUCCAUGUCCACCGUGAAGAGAGCGCUCUUGUCGUGCGGCUGAUGGACCACGACGUCGAGUUGUGGCGCCAUCGCGUGCUCGGUCGUGCCAUGUUUCCGUCGGAAUGACCCAUUUCGACUGAAUUUGGUGGUUUUCCCGUGGAUAACGUAAACAAUGGACAGUUGCGAAUCCCAGA